GUCAAUAUUAAAAGUCAAAUUUUGACAAACCUACUUUGUAAAUAAGCACAGGGAUUGCACAAUCACUUCACGUACAGAUAAAGUAUGUAAUAGUAUGUGAGCACGGGGAUUGCACAACUUAGUUUAUGUGCUGGGAUUCAAGUUAAUAAUUAAUUAGUAAUUGAAUCUCGGCAUAGCUGUAUAUAUAUAGAGGCACAAAGCACUCACUCACAGAGUUGUGUGUUCGGUGAGUGGAGAACGGGUGUGGAGAGGAGAAAUCAUUUAAAAAAAGAAAAAAAAUAUUACAAUUGCUAUUUCGUGCUGGAAAGACCAGCACAAUACUAGUUUGUUUGUUUUGAGUCACCGUGUUUGCUUGUCUGUUCGUCCACUGUUUGUUUAGUGUUAGUCCGUUUGUUUGUCUAUUUAUUUUGGCCUCAAGUGCCGUGUGCUGUUUUUGUUUAAGCCUUUUAUUUAACAAUAACCCGAUGCCAGCAAGUGCCUUCACCGUUUCAGAUCGCAGUACUUCCUGGUGUGUUUCUUCCGGGUCUGACGUCACCACUACAAGCCAUCCUGUGACAGCAACUUACUUACGUCUCAUCCGAAGGGUUUUAUAUUUUAAUAUAAAAAAACAUAUACAGAAUUAUUGAAUUAAUUUACAGCUCGACUACCAGUAAGCACCCAUAUGUACCUCUUCAAGUUGCUUUAAACUAAGAUGAUACAAUUAUUUUUCAUCAUGUUUACAGGUAAUGAGGAGAAAAAAAACAUGGCAGAAGCUGAAACGACCCCUGACAUCUUGAUAGAUAUACUGGAUAAUCUGUUUAAGCAUGAGCUGAAGAGAUUAAAAAGAAAACUGGAAGUGAUAGAAUCCAAUUAUCAAUGUAAGAACAUUCCCCGAGGCAAGCUGGAAGAUGCCGAUGUGGAUGAUACUGUAGCCCUAAUGAUGGGCUACUAUGGGGAGGAUGCCAUUCAUAUAGUAAUAGAGGCCAUGGACAGCAUUGGCAAGAAAGAUCUAGCGGAUAAACUUCGAAAAAAAGCAGAGAAAGAACUGGAAAAGCUCAGAGUGUCCUCAAACAAAACACUUGGUUAUAAAGAGAUGUAUAAAGAAGAUGUAAGAAAAAAAUACAAAAAAAUAAGAGACUACAACUCCCUUCCUGGGGAAUGACUGGAUUUUGACCACCGGUACACAAGACUUCUAAUAUUGAAGAAACACUGCCUGCUAGAGGAUAAGGAACAUGAACUGAUUUCAAGAGGCAAGAAACUCGUGGAGCUCAUGAAGAAACACAGAAGUGAUGUAGCAACAUGCAUCGAUGUCAAAGAUCUGUUUGUUGCCAACGAAAAAGAGCCAGAGCCAACAACCCUGGUACUGCAAGGACCUGCCGGAAUUGGAAAAACAUUCACAGUGCAAAAAAUCAUGACUGACUGGGCGUCAAACGAACUCUUCCAAGACAGGUUUGAUUAUGUUUUCCAUUUAAACUGCCGAGAACUCAACACAAUGACAGAUUACUUUAGCUUGGUUGAUUUGAUUUUGGACAGUGCUGAAUAUUUACAACCAGCUAUUGAAGAGAUACUGUCCUGCCCAGAAAGACUUCUGUUCAUUAUUGAUGGUUUUGAUGAACUGAAGUUGUCAGUGGAUCAAGCCGAUAUUGGCUCAGCCAGAGAUGUGCAUGCAAGACAGCCAGUUGCAACCACGUUAAGCAGGUUAUUGAAGAGGAAGAUUCUUUCCAAAUCUACUCUACUCAUCACAACAAGGCCAGUUGCUUUAGGGAAACUUGGAAACACCGUGACUGUUGAACGCUAUGCAGAAAUACUUGGCUUUUUAGAGGAAGAAAUGAAGGAAUACAUUUCAAGAUUUUAUCAGAACGAGCAGCAAGCUUUGUGUGUGUUUAACUACAUUAAAGAGGAUGAAACAGUGUUUUCAAUGUGCUUUGUUCCAGUAGUCUGUUGGAUUGUUUGCUCGUUGAUGAAAGGUCACAUCAGUGAAGGCGAAAAGCUAGCAAAGAGCUUGAAAACAACCACCCAAAUUUUUGUCCAUUUCGUAAAUAAAUUACUCGAGCACCAUUGCCUCGAUUCACAGAAGGAAGGUGUCCUUCAGAAACUUGGGUCAUUGGCCUUGCAUGGAAUUAAGGAACAGAAGAUAUUGUUUGAGGAAGAAGAUCUGGCAAAGUUUUCUUUAGAUCCAGUUCAGAGCGCAUCAGCGUUUUUUAACAAAAUCGUAUUUAAGCAGGACCUGAGCUGUAAGUCCAUGUACCACUUUUUGCAUUUAAGUAUCCAGGAGCUGUUUGCUGCUAUGUUCUGUGCUGCGGACACCUCCUAUGCAGCAGCAGAAAGUCUUUUAAACACUUCAUUGACUCCAGAGGGCAGUAACCUCAUACUUGUAAUACAAUUUCUGUUUGGACUUACCAACAAGAAAACCCAAGCACUGAUUCAGGGCUAUGCCGGUGAGUCUUCGUCUGCACUGAAAGCACAGUUAGAAAGAUGGAUCCCGAAAGCAAUGGUGUUCUACAAGAAUAAACCCUGCUUUGUACUCGCAGUGUUGCAUUGCUUGUUUGAAAUUCAGGACCAGGAGUUUGUGAAGAAAGCAAUGAAAUACAUCGACGUAAUUGAUGUGACAGGAUUUCUUUUAAGCAAGAGUGAUUGUUUGAAGAUAAAAUACUGCAUCGAGCAACAUGACGAAGGCUUGAAAGAGCUUGCAGUAACCCGCUGCAAUAUGGGAGAAGAAGAAGUGAAGAUCCUUCUGGAUAUUCUUAAUAAGAGUCAAUCUAUUGGACUAGAGGCGAGAAACCUGAAUGCAGCUACAAUAGAAAGGCUCUGCACCCAUAUUUCUACACACCACUCCCUGGAACGGAUCGAGCUGGAUAUUGGAAAGGAGGAAGAUGGACUGUAUUUGUAUUGUGCAACAAACUGGAUCUGUCAAGUAUCCAAGUUAAAAAUCACGGGUUGUGUUCCUGAAGACUUUGUCUUGAGAAUCUGCUGUCUGCUUCUGCCCAAAUAUAAACUGGAGUUCCUGUCCCUUGAGAAGGAUGGUUUUAGUCCUGAGACCAAGAAGCAGCUCUUUGAUGUUUUGAACACUUCACAAUGCAGACUAACGUCUCUAUGGUUAUCGGAAAACCAUUUCACAGAUGAUUGUAUCCCUGACAUCUGCAAGUUUAUAAAAACCCAAACGUCUUUGGAAAUGCUUUCAGUAGAAAACAAUACAUUCGGAGAUGAUGAUGCUAAACAGUUCCUUGAUGCUCUGAAUGGCUUAAAUUUAUACUUUCUUAGCCUGGCUGACGAUAAUCUGACAGAUGAAUGUGUCGAGCAUCUCUCCUCCAUUAUCAUUGCUAACCCAUCCCUAGUUUCUCUCCACCUGAACAAAAACUACUUCACAGACAAGUCUGUCAACUUCUUCAUCCGCAUCAUUCAAAACGGCACCAGCCUGAAGAGCAUCAAUCUGGAAGCGAAUCAGUUCAGUCCAGAGGGGGAGUUGAAACUGCUGUGCCUGGAAAAGGACCUGCAUAAAACCGGACGUAAAAUUAUUGUGUUGCUGUAGACAUAUCCUCUGAAUAGGAUAAACAUUCUUCUGGGAGGACAUGUAAAGGAAGUUGCUUUUUUAUGUGUCGUGACGACUACAAGAACAUUUUGAAGACACCUCACUUGUAGAAAGGUAUGGAGUGCUAUUGUGUGUACAGCAGUACAUUCACCUUGACACACAGCUCAGCAGAUGGUUUACACAUGAACUGCCUCCCUGCCUUGAUCUCAGUGCUGGCUGAACACAUAUGUCAAUCACAAGUCAAGGCAACACCAAGCGCCCAAAACCAAGCAACAAUGCUCGGACACAUGUUUAUACCAGUUGUUUAUUUCUCCCAUAGAAAUGUUGUUCAAAAUGUCAAGAGGUGUCCUCACCAACCUGUAGAUUACUUGAACACUGAAUCAACACUUGGAGUCGUUUUAUGCUUCUGAAAACAUAAAAUUGAAACGUAUUUAAAACGGUUUGUAAAAAAAAUGUAAUGCACAUUUCUAAAUAACUACAUUUGAAUGAGAAAAUGAAUUUUGAAAUUGCUAACUGUGAUUUCUUUGACUAUUCCACUGUUUUCAAGUCAAUUGUAAAAGUAGUCAACUAAACUAAAAGAUCAAAGGGUGCUGUCAUAUUAAUGUUAUAAUUAGUUGUGAUGGCUUGUCCAUGUAAUCCAUUAAAUACUAUUCAAACCCAAUCCAGGCCCCACAAAUUUCAUGCCAUUGCCUUGUAAAGGGCAAAAAGAUCUUCAAUCUUCAACACAAAGAUACAUGGACAAGUGAUCAUGUGUCUGGUUCUAAUGAGACUUAUGGUUUAAAAGCUUAGCACCCCUUUAACCUUCUGUAUCCAGUACACCUGUAGUGACACAUACAGUCUUUACAUACUGACAGACCUUAUCUUGGCAUGUUGGCAGCUGUAAUUCUUCUGAAAUGGCGACCAACAAAUUGAUAUUACUAAUUAAGUGACGGGACCUUGUAUUUUGUUAGUUUGUUACUCCACAGUAUCAGAAUUCUAGUACCACCACUGGAUUUACCGCUUGAUUAAAAUCCCAGUUUACAUUGCUGCUUGCAGAAACUGACAAGACGAUGACUGGUACUUUGUGCCUGACUCUAGCUAAAUUGCUGACCUUUCAAUUACAUAACUGUCACGGAUAGGCUUGUGGGUGACGUCAGACCAGGAAAUACACAGAUAACAGUACAGGUGUAUGGAAGCACUGAUGCGCAUGUUUAAUAAUAAAAUAAAAUAUUUAAACAAACAGCACUUUGCAAAAGAAAACUGCUCAUUGUCCAAAACAGACAGACACGGAACAAAACAAACAAGUAUCGUGCUGGUGUAUAUGUGUAGCAAUUGUUAUUUCUUUAUUUCAGUUCUCUUUACUCACGUUCCGCCUCUGAACAACCAACCUUGUUCAGCCAAAGCUGCGGGAUUUUAUACA